AUGACAAUCACAGAUCCCGCGCAUAUCGUCGUAUUUGCGGACGGCUCAACGGGCGCCCAAUCACGCAAGUUCUCUCUCCUUGGGGUCGCUUUGACCAAUUCGUCCUUUGCGCUUUCUGUUAUCACCAACAACAUCGUCAAUACGUACUCCGCCGGCCUGUCAAUACAAGCCCUCGGAUGCCCAUUCGCCGUCAUCCUGCGCUUCUUCUGGAUUUUCCUCGCUUUCGUACCCCCAGAGCGCCCUUCUGCAUGGGAUAUCGAAGUCAAGAUGGAGGACGCAAGUCUACGCUACCCUAACCCUAAAAUCACAUCAAGGCGUUGCCUGCAAGCCAACUGGGAUGUGCAUAAUGAGCAGCCUAUGCGCCCGACAAUCUACUGUCUAGAUGGGUUCUCCGAGCACGCCAUUCAACAUGCCAUUCAAAUGCGGGCGUGUGACAUCCCGCUUUCAGCGUGUGCGUCUGUCGAGCUGCUCCCUGAUGCUGACAACGCCUCAGCGAUGUCCUAUCCUCACAAAGCGCGCGAUCUCGUCAUGAUGGUGCCGUGGGAAUACCCCCAUUCUCUGGUGGUACCCCCAGAGCGCCCUUCUGCAUGGGAUAUAGCUCCCGCGGUCUCUGAUCCCCCUCCGCCCACCCGGUCCAUUAAGUUCUCCGGUUCCUAG